AUUGAAAAGUGCUUGUGCACAGUUGAUCAUGGCUACAGAAGUGACUGGUACCCGAUUCACACUAAACACAGGGGUAGAGAUCCCGGCCCUUGGAUUAGGAACAUGGCAAUCUGCCCCGGGACAGGUGCAAGCUGCAGUCUACCAUGCGUUGAAGGUCGGAUAUAGACACGUAGAUGCCGCACUAUGCUACCAGAACGAGAAGGAAGUUGGAAGGGGGAUUGCACAGGCUGUCAGGGAAGGGAUAGUCAGGCGAGAAGACAUUUUUGUGACGACGAAGCUAUGGAAUACGUAUCACAGACGGGUAGACGAAGGGCUAGAGAUAAGCUUAAAAGAUCUUGGGUUGGAGUACGUGGAUUUGUAUCUUAUGCAUUGGCCAGCACCGAUGAAUCCGAAUGGAAACCACCCGCUUUUUCCCAAGCUCCCCGAUGGAUCCCGGGAUAUCGACUGGUCACGGUCCCAUAUCGAUAGCUACAAGGACAUGGAGAAGCUCCUCGCGUCCGGCAAAGUGAAGGCGAUUGGCGUUUCGAAUUACAGCCUCAAGUACCUUCAACAGCUCCUUGAGCACGUUUCGGUUGUGCCUGCAGUGAAUCAGAUCGAGAACCACCCACUUCUGCCGCAGCAGGAGAUUGUUGAUUUCUGCAGAGAGAAAGGAAUCAUGGUCACGGCAUAUAGCCCUCUGGGGAGCACAGGCGGACCGCUGAUGACGAGCGACGCGGUGGUUGAAGUUGCGAGGAGAAAAGGCGUUUCGCCGUCGACGAUUUUGUUGAGCUGGCAUGUUGCACGUGGUUCCUGCGUCCUCUCAAAGUCCGUCACACCAUCGCGCAUCGAAGCCAACCUCCAUCUCGUUAAACUGGACGAGGAUGAUAUGAAAAUAAUUGCAAAAUUUACGGCGGAAUCGGUAUCUCGAGACGGGUUUACAAGGUUUGUCUAUCCGCCGUUCGGAAUCGACUUUGGCUUCCCCGACAAGACGUUGAAGGAUUGAACCUGGUGUGUGUGUGUGUGUGUGUCUUUUUUUGUUUAUUAGGUCAAGGGCAUCAUGUAACUAGAUAGCUACCCAUCUGGCGCAAUCAGGUCUAGCGAGUCACUAUAUUUCAUG